AUGGAGAAGAACUCUCUACCUCACAAUGAGUCUCAGAAGGUUGAUGAAAUUGCGGGUGGAUUGGCACCUCUUAUGCCUGCGGUUGAUUGGAAAAAAAAGACUCCAUCAGAUAAAAAGGUGACUUGGCAAUGGCGUCCUUUCAAACAUUCUGCUCGUAAAGAUGAUCUUCAGCUUAGCCAUUGGGUUAAAGUUGUAAAUGGUGUUCCACCAACAGGAGACUAUUCUUUUGCCAAGUAUAACAAGUCUGUUGACAUAACAAGCUACACAGAUGAGGAGUAUGAGAAAUAUUUGACAAAUCCUAACUGGACCAAGGAGGAAACAGAUCAACUGUUUGACUUGUGUGAUAGGUUUAAUCUCAAAUUUAUUGUUAUAGCUGAUAGGUUUCCUUCAUCUCGAACUGUUGAAGAAUUAAAGGAUCGAUAUUAUAGUGUAUCUCAGGCUAUAUUAAUUGCUAGGAAUCCAUCUUCUGGGGACGAUACUUUGGAUCCACUUGUUAAGGAACCAUAUAACAUUUCACAAGAGAUGAAGCGGAAACGAGCUCUGUCCCUAAUCCUCUCUCAAACAAAACAACAAGAACGUAGAGAUGAAGAGGUGCUUGCUGAAGCAAAAAGAAUUUCUGAAUUACGCAUAAAGGUUGCCGGAGAGUCUAAGUCGGUUGCUGCUUCAAAUUCUAGUGUAGAUGUUACAGAGAGGGCCAGCCCCAAUGAAACUGUAUCUCCAUCAAAUAUGCAACGUCCAUCGACAGUAUUGCCUUCCAUAAUAACGAGUGAUAAUCUUGGCACGAGUGCUAGAGGCUUACAUUGA